GAAGAGGAAGAAAAAAGAGGCAGCGGAGGAGGAAGGCCGGCCGCUCCCCGCCCGCUUUUCCGGACCGCCCGUCCCCCCUCCCGCCCCCCCCCCCCCACCGGCCGGCGGCGCCGCACGUUCCGCACAAGCGUCAAAAUGACGGCGCAGGUCACCCUGGAGGAUGCCUUGUCCAAUGUGGAUCUCUUAGAAGAAUUACCCUUGCCCGACCAGCAGCCUUGCAUCGAGCCCCCUCCUUCGUCUCUGCUCUAUCAGCCCAACUUCAACACCAACUUUGAAGACCGAAACGCCUUCGUCACGGGCAUCGCAAGAUACAUCGAACAGGCAACCGUUCACUCCAGCAUGAAUGAAAUGUUGGAAGAAGGCCAGGAGUAUGCCGUUAUGCUCUAUACGUGGAGAAGUUGCUCCAGAGCCAUUCCCCAGGUGAAGUGCAACGAACAGCCAAACCGAGUGGAAAUUUAUGAAAAGACGGUGGAGGUCCUAGAGCCGGAAGUCACAAAGUUGAUGAAUUUUAUGUACUUUCAGAGAAGUGCCAUUGAGCGUUUCUGUGGGGAAGUGAGGCGCCUGUGCCACGCGGAGAGGAGGAAGGACUUUGUGUCGGAAGCCUAUCUCAUCACGCUGGGCAAGUUCAUCAACAUGUUUGCGGUUUUGGAUGAACUGAAAAAUAUGAAGUGUAGCGUGAAGAAUGAUCACUCGGCGUACAAGCGGGCUGCCCAGUUUUUGCGCAAAAUGGCCGAUCCUCAGUCGAUUCAGGAAUCUCAGAACCUUUCCAUGUUCCUGGCUAACCACAACAAGAUCACUCAGUCGCUGCAACAACAGCUUGAAGUGAUUUCUGGCUAUGAGGAACUCCUUGCCGACAUUGUGAAUCUGUGCGUCGACUACUAUGAAAAUAAGAUGUAUUUGACACCCAGCGAGAAACAUAUGCUUCUCAAAGUAAUGGGGUUUGGUCUGUACCUGAUGGAUGGAAGUGUCAGCAAUAUCUAUAAAUUAGAUGCCAAGAAAAGGAUAAAUCUGACCAAAAUAGACAAGUUCUUCAAGCAGCUUCAGGUGGUUCCACUGUUUGGGGACAUGCAGAUCGAGUUGGCAAGAUACAUCAAGACCAGCGCUCACUACGAGGAAAACAAGUCUCGGUGGACGUGUACCUCUUCCAGCAGUAGUCCCCAGUAUAACAUCUGUGAACAGAUGAUCCAAAUCAGGGAGGACCACAUGAGGUUUAUUUCCGAGCUGGCCCGUUACAGCAACAGCGAGGUCGUGACUGGGUCUGGUCGUCAGGAAGCUCAAAAAACCGACGCCGAGUAUCGGAAGCUCUUCGAUCUCUCUCUCCAGGGAUUGCAGCUGCUAUCUCAGUGGAGUGCGCAUGUCAUGGAAGUGUAUUCGUGGAAGCUUGUGCAUCCAACCGACAAGUACUCGAACAAGGACUGUCCGGACAACGCAGAGGAGUAUGAAAGGGCAACCCGGUAUAAUUAUACCAGUGAGGAGAAGUUUGCUCUGGUUGAGGUCAUCGCCAUGAUUAAAGGCUUACAGGUGCUGAUGGGUCGCAUGGAGAGCGUGUUUAACCAUGCCAUCCGCCACACAAUUUAUGCCGCCCUCCAAGACUUCUCCCAGGUCACCCUUAGAGAGCCUUUGAGACAGGCCAUCAAGAAAAAGAAGAACGUCAUCCAGAGUGUUCUUCAGGCUAUCAGGAAAACGGUGUGCGACUGGGAAGCAGGUCAUGAGCCGUUCAAUGACCCAGCUCUGAGAGGAGAGAAAGACCCCAAGAGCGGCUUUGACAUCAAAGUUCCGAGACGAGCCGUGGGACCAUCUAGUACUCAGCUGUACAUGGUGAGAACCAUGUUAGAGUCCCUCAUUGCGGACAAAAGUGGGUCCAAGAAAACCUUGAGAAGUAGCCUUGAAGGGCCCACCAUAAUGGACAUAGAAAAAUUUCACCGAGAGUCGUUCUCCUACACUCACUUGAUAAAUCUCAGUGAAACCCUCCAGCAGUGCUGUGACCUGUCCCAGCUGUGGUUCAGGGAAUUUUUCCUGGAGUUGACCAUGGGCAGGAGAAUCCAGUUCCCCAUCGAGAUGUCGAUGCCUUGGAUCCUCACUGACCACAUUCUGGAGACCAAGGAGGCCUCGAUGAUGGAGUACGUCCUCUAUUCCUUGGACCUUUACAAUGAUAGCGCCCAUUACGCCCUGACCAAAUUCAAGAAACAGUUUCUCUACGAUGAAAUCGAAGCGGAGGUGAACUUGUGUUUCGACCAAUUUGUCUACAAAUUAGCCGAUCAGAUAUUUGCAUAUUACAAGGUUAUGGCGGGAAGUCUGCUUCUGGAUAAACGAUUACGCUCUGAAUGCAAAAAUCAAGGAGCGACUAUUCACCUUCCGCCCUCCAACCGAUACGAGACCCUGCUGAAGCAGAGACACGUUCAACUCCUUGGAAGGUCGAUAGAUCUGAAUCGUCUGAUCACACAGCGUAUUUCAGCAGCUGUAUAUAAGUCACUGGAACUGGCGAUUGGCAGAUUUGAAAGUGAGGAUCUGACUUCUAUAGUAGAGCUGGAUGGACUCGUAGAAAUCAACCGAAUGACCCAUAAGUUACUGAGCAAGUUCAUGGCCCUGGACAGCUUUGAUGCUAUGUUCAGAGAGGCUAAUCACAACGUGUCGGCACCGUACGGAAGAAUCACCCUUCAUGUCUUCUGGGAGCUCAACUACGAUUUCCUGCCCAAUUACUGUUACAAUGGAUCCACCAAUAGAUUUGUUCGGACGGUGCUGCCAUUUUCUCAAGAGUUUCAGAGGGAUAAACAGCCUAACGCUCAGCCGCAGUAUCUCCACGGAUCGAAGGCUCUGAACUUGGCUUAUUCCAGCAUAUACAGCAACUACAGGAACUUCGUGGGCCCGCCUCACUUUAAAGUGAUAUGCAGGCUUCUGGGCUACCAGGGCAUAGCUGUGGUGAUGGAGGAAUUACUCAAGGUGGUGAAAAGCCUGCUGCAAGGCACGAUCCUGCAGUAUGUGAAGACGCUGAUGGAAGUGAUGCCCAAGAUCUGCCGUCUGCCCCGGCACGAGUACGGCUCUCCAGGAAUUCUGGAGUUCUUCCACCAUCAGUUGAAGGACAUUGUUGAAUAUGCAGAACUGAAGACAGUAUGUUUCCAGAAUUUACGGGAGGUGGGAAACGCUGUUCUUUUCUGCCUCCUCAUUGAACAGAGUUUGUCUCUAGAAGAGGUGUGCGAUCUGCUGCACGCGGCACCUUUCCAGAAUAUCUUACCCAGAGUUCAUGUCAAAGAGGGCGAAAGACUGGAUGCCAAAAUGAAGAGACUGGAGUCUAAAUAUGCUCCCCUCCAUCUUGUCCCUCUUAUCGAGAGACUGGGAACACCACAGCAAAUUGCAAUAGCAAGAGAAGGGGACUUGCUGACCAAGGAGCGUCUCUGCUGUGGCUUGUCCAUGUUCGAGGUGAUCCUGACCCGCAUCCGGACCUUCCUGGACGAUCCCAUCUGGCGGGGCCCGCUCCCCAGCAACGGCGUCAUGCACGUGGACGACUGUGUGGAGUUCCACCGGCUCUGGAGCGCCAUGCAGUUCGUAUACUGCAUUCCGGUGGGGACCCACGAGUUCACCGUGGAGCAGUGUUUUGGAGAUGGGCUGCACUGGGCCGGCUGUAUGAUCAUCGUCCUCCUGGGACAGCAGCGCCGCUUCGAUGUGUUGGAUUUCUGCUACCAUUUGCUUAAAGUCCAGAAGCACGACGGCAAAGAUGAAGUUAUCAAGAACGUGCCUUUGAAGAAGAUGGUGGAGAGGAUCCGUAAGUUCCAGAUCCUGAACGAUGAAAUCAUCACGAUCUUGGACAAGUAUUUGAAAUCGGGAGAUGGGGAGAGCUCUUCCGUAGAGCACGUGCGCUGCUUUCAACCUCCCAUCCACCAGUCUCUGGCCAGCAAUUAAGUCUGUAUACACUGACAGCUCCGAAUACCGUUAUACUCAGUAAUUCAGCAAGCACGGUUUUUGGGGAGGGGGUUUGACCUCAUGAAUUAGUUAACUAGAAUUUAAGGAAUAUUUUCCAGUACUUUUGGGGCCUGUUGAAAAGGCAGGGCGACGUCCUCUUCCACCGAAACGUGUAAUUUUAUAUAAUCCAUACCUAUUUUUCUAGACUAAAUUUUUACACUUUUUUGCUAUCGGCUGUUGGACCAUUCAGCUUAGAACUCUUUCAUCUGAGAGAUCCGGCAGCUGGCUCUCCGGAGGUCAGUGAAUGGCUGGAAUACCCAGAGAAUACAAUACAAAGUAAAGGAAAUAUUAGGGUUAAAGUAGAAACCAUUUAUUAUGCUACCUGAUUGCGGACUAUAUGGAAACUAUUAAGGGCUUGUGCGUAGCUUUGAGAGACUUUCUGCAGGUGUUUUGUGAAUAAUCUUCUUAACCCUUAAUCAUUAUGGCUUUUUAAAUGUCACUUUUUAAUACAAUAAAAGAGUGGCCUAUUGAUUCAGCUAUAUUAAAAUGGAGUAUGUGAGACAGGCGCGGAGGAAAGCCUGGAUAAUAAAGUUAAUCAAUCCAGA